CCCGCAGAAGACGAAGUCCUGCGCGGCCUUGUUGUCACGCAUGGCGCAAGGAACUGGACCAAAAUUGCGGAGUGCAUUCCAGGCAGAUCGGGCAAAUCGUGUCGGCUUCGAUGGCUGAACCAGUUGUCGCCGCACGUUCGAGGUGGUCCAUUCACACCAGAAGAGGACGCAGUCAUCUUAUGGGCUCACCUGCAGUACGGAAACAAGUGGGCGAGCAUCAGCAAACACCUUCCCGGACGUACGGACAACCACAUCAAGAAUCGCUGGAACUGCACGCUGAAGAAGCGCUACGGCACAAUGCUAGAGACGCUGCGCUUAGAGGCGGCACCGGGUUCCGUCUCCCUCAUGGAUAUCUCCAACCUCAUG